AUGUGGUCAAUCCUUGUGGGCGUCCCCCUAUCCGUCUAUCUCUGGCAGAAAUCCCGAUCGGCGAAAUUAAGCAAUGACGUUUCGGGGAAAAGCCGAACCUAUGAAGACUCUACAAAGCCCUCCGCACGGGGAGAACCUGGUGGUCCCGAGACCAUGUCAUUCAAACAGGAAGGCCUUUCUAACACGAACACCUCGAACCCAUACGUCAACGAACCAGGAAAAUCAGAGAAGGGGGAAGGUGAAACCGAGUCCGCGAAGGUCAAGGGAACGGUUCGGCACGAUAGGCCACAGGUUUGA